AGACGUCCUCUGUGUGGUCGAAUCACGAAACCACUAGUAGAAAACACACGCUCGACAGGCGCUGAUGUUGCAGGUACGCAUAAAAGCCGAAGAGCUAACAAACUAAGAUAUGGAUAGGUUUUUGCUUUUUUGAAAAUAAGAGCACUGUCGUCAGACGCUUCCUUCGAGAAAAGAAGUAUUUCUUCUUCGAUUUGUUCGAGUACACUUGAUCGUGUUUUCUUCGUUAAUGGUUCCUGUGUCUUAUGAAAGGCAAAAAGAGUCUUUCUCUUGAAAGUAACGCUUGUAUUGUUACUUGCGACGACAAGAGGUGCUUCAACUACGGUUUCAGCCUUUUCUUGACUAUCUGAACCUUGUAAUUGUAAAGCUGUUCCGACUCCGGCUCCGAUUACAAUAAUUCACGCCCGGCUCUGGCUCCAAUCGCAGUAUUUCACGCCCCGGCUCCGGCUCCAACUCCGGCUCCAGGUCCAACUUUUCCUAUGAAAAUUAUUUUCCAAACAGAAGAGAAAAAGACGACUAUUGUAGGCACUACAUAUAAAGAGAUUAUCAAUCAAAUUCGUGGUUUAUUUCCAAAAUUCGUACAUCAUCAGAUAUUGUUCUACGAUCAAGAAUUAGCCGAUUAUUUUGACUUUUUAUCGUAUGAACAAAUAGAAGAUUGUUCAAACGGGCUCAAGAUGAAAUUCAAAGAAGAAGUUUUAACUUUCACACAAGAAUCAGACCUUCAAGCAUCACAGAAUAGAGAUAGCCAAAAUUAUGACCAAGAUACAACUCAAGGUCGAUCAGAAACAAAAUUAGAGCGGAAAAAAAGAGAACGCGGAAGCAAACGGCGGAAAAGACGAAUUUGGACGUAUACAAAAACAAUUUUAGAAAUCACACGAGAGUAUUAUUUGAGCACGUACGAAGACGAUUCGACAUCAAUCCAUAAAGACUUCUGUCUAAAACUGGCUGAAAAAUAUCCAAUUUUAACAUAUUUAGACAAAACAAAAGACGGAAGAGAUGGUCGUUCACCACAUGCUACUAUAUCCAGAUUAUUGUCACAAACCAAGCGAAAUCGUCGGUUUUACAUGCGACAUCCACCAACAAUAAAACGAAAAUCGAUGUUAGAAGCAACUGUUAUAGACGAACCUGAAGAAGACAAUACCAAAGAAAAUCAAGAGCCAAAUCCAGACGAACAGCAGCUAUCGUUCUCUUCACUCAAAGCCAACCAUCGUCACCAAUAUCCAUUGAACAUCCCAGAUUGCUAUUUUCAAAAGAAAGAUAAUAUUGAUAAGAAAGAUUCGUCAGUUCCAAAGCAAAGUCAAUCACAACUCGGUAAGGAUUUGCUAGCAAUAUUAUUUAUUGUUGUCUAA